AUGAGCAUCGUAGCUCUCUCGCCCAUGGCCCCUGAGCCACCGUCCCCCAUGGUCACCUCCAUCACACCCGUCACCCCAACCGUGGACCCCGACAGCUCCACUUCCCUUGCCGCCCCUCUUAACCUGGAUCUGGACCAUCAGUCCCAGGAUGAGGCCUCCUCACUGGGCCCCGGCCCCAGCCACCUGGGCCAAGACCCCUCCAGGAGGUCUAAGAAACCCCCGCCCCUCCACACCGGCGCCGACUGGAAGGUCGUCCUCCACCUGCCGGAGAUAGAGACGUGGCUGAGAGCGACCAGCGACAGAGUCACACAGCUCACACACUCGGUGGGACAAGACAGCGACAACAGACACGUGGAUGUCCACCUGGUGCAGCUCAAGGACAUCUGUGAGGACAUCUCGGACCAUGUGGAGCAGAUUCACGCUCUGCUGGAGACGGAGUUCUCCCUGAAACUUCUGUCCUACUCCGUCAACAUCAUCGUCGACAUCAGGACGGUGCAGCUGCUGUGGCACCAGCUGAGAGUGUCGGUCCUCGUCCUGAAGGAGCGUCUGCUGCAGGGUCUGCAGGACUCCAACGGGAACUACACCCGCCAGACUGACAUCCUGCAGGCCUUCAGCCAGGACCAGCACCAGACUCGUCUGGACGCUCUGACCGAGGUGGACGACUGCGGUCAGCUGACUAUUCGCUGCAGCCAGGACUACUUCUCUUUAGACUGCGGUAUCACGGCCUUUGAGCUGAGCGACUACAGCCCGGGUGACGAGCCUGACGCCCGGGGGGCGGAGCCAGACGCCCAGGACGCUUCCGAGGAGCGGGAGCAGGAGCUCGAUCGAGCCCCGGGCCUGAACCCGGAGCUGGGGUCAGCGGAGAACGAAGGACCCUGCUCCUCAAACCCUGAGCUCCACAGCAGUUUACCCGAACUCACCGCGGCCAGUGACCUCACAAACCACAACCAUUCUAUCCGUCGCUCCCCAAGAGAGCCGCCUUGUUCUCAGACGGAGGAACCAGCGUGCAGGACUCCAGGGGAGGCCUGGGGAAGGCCAGCCCGCUCUCUGGGCUCCAGUUCCAGGCCGAGCUGA